AUGGAGGCCGUGAAAGCUUUUAAUAGCGAGCUUUACUCACUGAAUGAUUACAAACCUCCUAUUUCAAAGGCUAAAAUGACACAGAUUACUAAAGCAGCAAUCAAGGCCAUAAAGUUCUACAAACAUGUUGUGCAGAGUGUUGAGAAAUUCAUUCAAAAGUGUAAACCAGAAUACAAGGUGCCUGGCUUAUAUGUCAUUGACUCGAUUGUACGGCAGUCUCGGCAUCAGUUUGGACAAGAAAAGGAUGUCUUUGCUCCUCGGUUUAGCAAUAACAUCAUUAGCACUUUCCAGAAUUUAUAUCGUUGCCCUGGGGAUGAUAAGAGUAAAAUUGUUAGAGUGCUCAAUUUGUGGCAGAAGAAUAAUGUGUUCAAAAGUGAAAUUAUUCAGCCUCUAUUGGAUAUGGCAGCAGGAAUUCCUCCUCCAGUUGUUACUCCUGUUUUGCCAGGGACAACUGCUACUUUGAGUAAUAAUACACCAGGAACUCCAGUGACUCCUGCUACUCCAGCCAAUGUAAUCCAAAGUUUACCUGAUCCAUGGGUAUCUCAGAUAACUAAUACAGAUACGCUUGCUGCUGUAGCACAGAUCCUUCAAAGUCCACAAGGACAACAGCUUCAGCAGUUAAUACAGACAUUGCAGAUGCAACAACAAAAACCACAACCAUCAUUGCUUCAAGCACUGGAUGCUGGUCUCGUCGUUCAGCUACAGGCUCUCACUGCUCAACUUACAGCUGCUGCUGCUGCCGCCAAUACACUCAAUCCACUAGAACAGAGUGUCUCUUUUAACAAGAAGCUGAUAGAUAGGUUUGGAGAUUUUGGAGAAGAAGCUGAUUUGAAUGAAGAGCCCAAAAAGGAAACUCCAACUUCUCAAUUGCCGCUUGUAUCUGAAUCCGUGAACAAUUCACUUUUUCAUCAGCUAGCUGAACAACUACAGCAACAAAACUUAGAACAUCUUCGGCAGCAGCUUCUAGAUCAGCAGCCACCAAAGGUCAGCCCUGAGGAAACUCAAGAAGAAAAUUUUGGUUCUGAGCAUUCAGCAUCACCUUCUCAAGACAGCAGUCACCAACAGUUUUUAGAAGUGGAAACAAAGCUUGACAAUUCAAUGGAUGUUCAACAACAGGACAUGGAUAUAGAUGAAGCCCAGGAGAUUGUAGAACAAGAAGUCUUUGAGCAAGAAGAAAAGAAGCCAGCAGUUCUUUCAAGAUCACGAACACGCUCAAGAUCACGUUCAAGGUCACCAAGAAAAAGAAGGUCAAGAUCACGGUCUGGUUCUCGAAAGCGUAAACACAGAAAGCGCUCGCGUUCUAGGUCAAGAGAAAGAAAGAGGAAGUCAUCAAGAUCAUACUCAAGUGAAAGAAGAGCUAGAGAAAGGGAAAAAGAAAGACAGAAAAAAGGAUUACCUCCUGUCCGAUCAAAAACACUAAGUGUCUGCAGUACCACGCUUUGGGUUGGUCAAGUGGACAAGAAGGCCACCCAGCAAGAUUUAACCAAUUUAUUUGAAGAAUUUGGACAAAUAGAAUCUAUAAAUAUGAUCCCUCCCAGAGGUUGUGCAUAUGUCUGUAUGGUUCAUAGGCAAGAUGCUUAUCGUGCUCUUCAGAAAUUAAGCUCUGGAUCUUACAAAAUUGGAUCUAAAAUUAUUAAGAUUGCAUGGGCUUUAAACAAAGGAGUGAAAACUGAAUACAAACAGUUUUGGGAUGUGGAUCUUGGAGUAUCAUAUAUACCCUGGGAAAAAGUUAAGGUGGAUGAUUUAGAUGGCUUUGCAGAAGGAGGCAUGAUUGACCAGGAAACAGUAAAUAGUGAAUGGGAAACUACAAGGACUUCAGAGACUGUAAAAGAGAGUGUGCAGAUAACCCAGAGUGCAACUGUUGACAAAACCACAGUUGUCACAACACAGGCAGAAACGUAUAAACAAUCUGUCACUAUGUUACAGAUGCCUGUAGCGCCAACUGUGCCGACUGUUAAUUUAGUUCCACCUGCAUUUCCUGUUACAAUGUCUGUCCCUCCACCUGGUUACAGUGGAAUUCCUCCACCUCCAUUCUUGAGAGCAAGCUUUAAUCCUUCACAACCACCACCUGGUUUCAUGCCUCCACCUGUUCCGCCACCUGUUCCACCACCUGUAGUCCCAACAUCUCUUGUACAGCCGUCGCUGACUAUUGCUCAAGAAUCAAUGAAAGAUUUUAGCAGCCUUGUUCUACCAGGUGGUACUGUUUCUAGUAGUCUUACGACACCAACAUUAUCUGCCGGAAGUGUCUUUUCUUCUCUUUCAAAUAACAGUUCAGAAUUGGAUGAAAAAGGAUCUCUUCGUGCUGAUCUUCAAACCUCUUCUACCGAAAACAGAACUGUUCAAGAUGAUGUUUCAAGCAGUUCUGGACUUACCGAGGGAGUACAGCCACCUGGUAUCACAACCAGUUCUGGGCAUGUAGGGGGAAUCCAGCCACCACAUGUCUCAAGUAGUGCUGGACUUGUGCAGCCGGUCAGUGUCUCAAGCAGCUCUGGACUUUUGACAAGAGUUCAACCACCCACUGCUUCAAAUAGCUCUGGUCUUAUAACAGGUGUUCAGGCUCCAAGUGUCUCAAGUAGCUCUGGGCUUUUGUCAGGACUUCAGCCGAUAAAUGUUUCGAGCAGCUCCAGCCUUUUAAUGGGUAUCCAACCACCCAUAGUCUCAAAUAAUACUGGACGUUUGUCAGGAAUCCAGCCACCCAUUGUAUCAAGUAGUUCUGGGCUUUUGUCAGCACUCCAGCCACCCAUUGUAUCAAGCAAUUCUGCAAUUUUAGGAUUGCCACCACCAAUGGUUUCAAGUAGUUCUGGACUGUUAGGAUUGCCACCACCAAAUAUUUCAGGUGGUUCUGGACUAUUAGGACUACAACCACCCUCUGGAAUUCAAAAUUUGCCCCAUUUAACUAUUUCUAGUCAACGGUUGCCUGGAAUUCCUCUAGUAGAAAUCCGAUCGGGAUUAAUACCACAACCACCUGGUCCUAGAUUUCCACUACUGCAACAUGGGAUGCCACCACAACGUACAGUUCCUCCUCCAGCUAUACUUGAUCCAUCCCUUCCUCCACCUAGAGUUCCUUUCCUUCCAGGAGAUAUUUUUACUCAAACAGAGAGGCCAUUUGCAACUUCUGGUAGGCACAAUAUGGAUAUUUCUAACCCAGAUAAAAGAUUGUCUGUUGGGGAAGAUAGCAUUCAACAAGAAGGAGAUAGAGACUAUCGCUUUCCUCCAAUGGAAAGUAGAGAUCGAACAUCUUCAAUAGAUAUAAGGGAUUCUGUUGGAAGGCCACCACUAGAUCCAAGAGAAGGUCUAGGUCGACCUCCUAUGGAUGGAAGAGAACAUCUUCUCAGACCACAUAUAGAUUUACGGGAGAACUUUGGAAGGCCAGGUAUUGAUAAUCUAAGGAGAGAGCAUUUUGCUUUCAACUCAGAAAAACACUGGGGUCAAAGAGGAGAUUAUGAUGAAAGAGAACAUCAGACCUUUCCUGUAUAUGGUGGUCUCAAAGGGUUCCAGGAAGCUCGAGACAGAUACCGGCAAACAAACUACAGAUUUGAAAUUCGAAGUGGUCCUACCUGGAACAGAGGACUUGAACAAGAUGCUCACAGAGACUUUGAUGACCGUCGUAGACCAUGGGAAAGGCAAAGGGACAGGGAUGAUAGAGAUUUUAAUUUUGGUAGAGAAAUGAAUGGAAACAGAUUUGGGAGAGAGAGAACACAGAACAACUGGAUACCCCCUCCGCAUCCAAGAGUGUUUGAAUAUUUUGAAGGUGGUGCUUCUCAACAAAAAGUUGAUAGUGUUCCCCAAGUUAAUGGUGAAAACACAGAGACGGAGAAUCAGCCAUCUGCUGUGCAAGUGCAGGAUGAAUUGGAACUUUAUGAAAAGUUGGCGACUUCAAAUGAGACAAAAAAAGAGAAGAGUGACACAGAAGCUGAAUUAGAAACUGAACCAGUGGUAGAAAGCACAGAAACUGAGGGGACAUAAUCAUCACUCAGUAGGUAAAAAAGAUACCUUUUGUAAAGUUGUCAUCUCUCUCUGUAAUAGAUGAAUGGCUGACUGGACCUUAGUUCAUUUUUUUUCUUCCAGAAUUAAGUUAAUCUAAUAUUCACGUUCAUCUUUCACUUAAAUAGUUGUACAACUGACCUGUAUAGAAUAUUGUUUUUAAUCUGAACAUGGUAGGUAAAGUUUGUCUUUCUUUUCUUUUUUUUUUCCUGGCAAAACACAAACUUUCCCCACUUGCUUUUACUUCAGAAGGAUAAAUUACAGCUUGUCAAACAAAGAAAAAGACUUCCUAUGGAAGAACUUGAUUUUUUAAGAUGCUAUUAGGUUGGCCAUAGAAAUUGUUAUACUUGAAAACAGGCGCUGGUAUAUCUUAUCCAGAUUUCUAGGCUGGUGGAAAAUUUUAAAACGUAGGCAGAACUGUGAUACUAAAUGUUCCCUCAGUUUGGCCCAGAAAAGGAGCAUAAAUGAUACAGAGAUGGUGUAUUUUUGAAAUUUCUGCAUUAUAGUCUCUGUUUCUCAAAUAAGUGUCCAUGAUCUGUCCUCCUCGUACUGCAAUGAGUUAAAAACUAACAUACAUUUUAAAUGUUUUUUUAGAUGCCAAUAAAGCAUUAUUUGUUUGAU